CCUUUCACCUCUAACCACUAUAGAACAAGCAGCUGAAGCUGGGAGAUAAGAUGGACCUGGCCUCCUACCUGUUAAAGCCCAUCCAGAGGAUGGCUAAAUACGCUCUCCUCCUCAAAGACCUGAUCAAGGAGGUGAGCGAGGCGCAGGAGACAGAGCUGGGCUACCUCCGAGCCGCCGCGGAGAUGGUCAAGUUCCAGCUGCGUCACGGCAACGACCUGCUCGCCAUGGACGCCAUUCGAGACUGUGAUGUGAACCUGAAGGAGCAGGGUCAGCUGGUCAGACAGGAUGAGUUCUGGAUCUGGUAUGGCAGGAAGAAGUGUCAGCGCCAUGUCUUCCUGUUUCAAGACCUGGUGCUGUUCAGUAAACCCAAACGCAUCGAAGGAGGACUGGACGUUUACAUCUACAAACACUCCUUUAAGACGGCAGACGUGGGGAUGACAGAGACAUCUGGGGACAACAGUCUUCGUUUCGAGGUGUGGUUCAGACGCAGGAGCAGUAAGAACCAGACGUAUGUCCUGCAGGCCUCCAACGCAGACAUCAAACACGCCUGGACCUCCAACAUCGCACGUAUCCUCUGGCAGCAGGCUACCCGGAAUAAAGAGAUCCGUAAUCAGGAGAUGGUUUCCAUGGGAGUGGGUAACAAGCCGUUCCUGGACAUUAAACCCAGUGAUGCUGCCAUCAACGACAGGGCUAUAGACUACAUCAUGAAGGGACGAGGUGCCAGAACUCGAGCCUCCAUUGCCGUGUCCCUGUUCGACCACUCCAACCCUUUCAAGCGUACAGCGUCGAGUAACGGGGGGUCUGGCGGUGGGGCCCCUGCUGCGUCUGGCUCCUGCACUCUCCUGGGGCCCCUCAACCUGCACAUGUACAGCAGCCACAGCCAGGCCCUGCUGCCCGGGGGAGAGAGGCCCUUCAUCAACCCGUGUAUGGAGGAAGACGAGUUGGAGCACGAGACCAGCAGCCAGCCAUCCAUGAAAAGUAGCUCAGAUCAUAGGCCCUUCCACUAUAGUGUGAUUCCUGACUGGGACCCUGCUUGGAGUCUGAUAUCCAGAAAGACACUAUUACCACGCCAAGGAAGACAGACGCGCUGCCAGCAGCAUCUCACAUGGACACUGUAAAGACCUGGGACUUGUUAAAUAAACAGAAAAGUCACUUUUGAGCAUAGCUUUUAUAAGUUAAUUUAAAUAUUGUAAUUUUUCUUCCCAAAAGUACUGGUGGGUGCAGUCGUUUUUUUCCCUUGUACUCUAUUGGGUUAUUCUGUAAAUAAUGAUUUUAAUAGUUUCCUGUGAAUUUAUGAAUGGUUGGUUUCUUUAUCGUCUUGUUGACCACUUUUACUGCAACUUCUAAAUUUACCUGUUGAUUGAUGUUAUACCCUGGGAUGAAAGGCUAGUUCUGGUUCACCUGUUGAUUGAUGUUAUACCCUGGGAUGAAAGGCUAGUUCUGGUUCACCUGUUGAUUGAUUAAAUGCUAGUUCUGGUUCACCUGUUGAUUGAUGUUAUACCCUGGGAUGAAAGGCUAGUUCUGGUUCACCUGUUGAUUGAUGUUAUACCCUGGGAUGAAAGGCUAGUUCUGGUUCACCUGUUGAUUGAUGAUAUACCCUGGGAUGAAAGGCUAGUUCUGGUAUACCCUGGGAUGAAAGGCUAGUUCUGGUUCACCUGUUGAUUGAUGAUAUACCCUGGGAUGAAAGGCUAGUUCUGGUUCACCUGUUGAUUGAUGAUAUACCCUGGGAUGAAAGGCUAGUUCUGGUUCACCUGUUGAUUGAUGUUAUACCCUGGGAGAAAGGCUAGUUCUGAUAUACCCUGGGAUGAAAGGCUAGUUCUGGUUCACCUGUUGAUUGAUGUUAUACCCUGGGAUGAAAGACUAGUUCUGGUUCACCUGUUGAUUGAUGUUAUACCCUGGGAUGAAAGGCUAGUUCUGGUUCACCUGUUGAUUGAUGUUAUACCCUGGGAUGAAAGACUAGUUCUGAUAUACCCUGGGAUGAAAGGCUCGAUCUGUUAUACCCUGGGAUGAAAUGUUAGUUCUGGUUCACCUGUUGAUUGAUGAUAUACCCUGGGAUGAAAGGCUAGUUCUGGUUCACCUGUUGAUUGAUGAUAUACCCUGGGAUGAAAUGCUAGUUCUGGUUCAUCUGUUGAUUGAUGAUAUACCCUGGGAUGAAAGGCUAGUUCUGUUAUACCCUGGGAUGAAAGGCUAGUUCUGGUUCACCUGUUGAUUGAUGUUAUACCCUGGGAUGAAAGACUAGUUCUGAUAUACCCUGUGAUGAAAGGCUCGUUCUGUUAUACCCUGGGCUGAAAUGUUAGUUCUGGUUCACCUGUUGAUUGAUGAUAUACCCUGGGAUGAAAUACUAGUUCUGGUUCAUCUGUUGAUUGAUGAUAUACCCUGGGAUGAAAGGCUAGUUCUGUUAUACCCUGGGAUGAAAGGCUAGUUCUGGUAUACCCUGGGAUGAAAGGCUAGUUCUGUUAUACCCUGGGAUGAAAGGCUAGUUCUGGUAUACCCUGGGAUGAAAGGCUAGUUCUGGUAUACCCUGGGAUGAAAGGCUAGUUCUGAUUCACCUAUUGAUUGAUGUUAUACCCUGGGAUGAAAGGCUAGUUCUGAUUCACCUAUUGAUUGAUGUUAUACCCUGGGAUGAAAGGCUAGUUCUGGUAUACCCUGGGAUGAAAGGCUAGUUCUGGUAUACCCUGGGAUGAAAGGUUAGUUCUGGUAUACCCUGGGAUGAAAGGCUAGUUCUGGUAUACCCUGGGAUGAAAGGCUAGUUCUGUUAUACCCUGGGAUGAAAUGUUAGUUCUGGUUCACCUGUUGAUUGAUGAUAUACCCUGGGAUGAAAGGCUAGUUCUGGUAUACCCUGGGAUGAAAGGCUAGUUCUGGUAUACCCUGGGCUGAAAGGCUAGUUCUGGUAUACCCUGGGAUGAAAGGAUAGUUCUGGUAUACCCUGGGAUGAAAGGAUAGUUCUGGUAUACCCUGGGAUGAAAGGAUAGUUCUGGUAUACCCUGGGAUGAAAGGAUAGUUCUGGUAUACCCUGGGAUGAAAGGAUAGUUCUGGUUCACCUGUUGAUUGAUGUUAUACCCUGGGAUGAAAGGCUAGUUCUGAAUCAGUCAGGAUACUCUUCAAAAAAGGUCCAAAGCAACAUGUUCAUUUUUCGGCAUUCUGGUACGACUCUUUUUUACAAUGUCUUCACAUAACGUCAGAUUCCUCCAUCUUGUUUUACUGUGGUGGUGUUGUAGUUUUGUUCUGUGUCUCGGUCUGUUGCCACUUCCUGUAGCCGUUCAGGUCUGACUGAGGGUGUAUCCCAAAUAGCAACCUAUUCAUUAUGUAGGGGAUUACUGUUGACCAGAGACCUACGGCCAAAAGCUCUGGUCGAAACUAGUGCACUUAUAUAUAGGGAAUAAGGUGCUAUUUGUGACGUGAGCCUGACUCCAGGUCAGUUCCCUGACAGGUCAGAGCCAGUGGGUCUGAGAGGCUGAGGUCCUGUCCUCCUGAUCGUAGUAGAUCUGUCCUUCCAGCUGAGUGACUCGGGGCUGUAGAAUGGAGAGAGGAGAACGGUACACACCGAGAGAAGAAGAGAGAGGCUGAGGUCCUCCCAGCUGAGUGACUCGGGGCUGUAGAAUGGAGAGAGGAGAACGGUGCACACCGAGAGAAGAAGAGAGAGAGAGGCUGAGGUCCUCCCAGCUGAGUGACUCGGGGCUGUAGAAUGGAGAGAGGAGAACGGUACACACCGAGAGAAGAAGAGAGAGGCUACUUUCACCUACAGAGUUUCAAAUAAAUAAAUAAAAAAUAAAAAAAUG